AUGGCUCGCACUCUCUUGAACGCCGCCAAGUCGGCGUCAAAUGUCGUCUCUAUUAACCAGAAAUACUCCGUCCAAUCUGUUGGUGUCUGGGAGCGCAUCCGUCGCCUUUUCGCUAUCGACCCCAACCGCUCGACCGGUAUCCCCUUGAACUCCCAAUACCGUCUCCCGACCCCGGGCUCUCUCCCCCCUCUGGCGUACGAUGACCCAGUGACGGUUCCUGCCGGUGACAUCGCCGACAACCCUUACUGGAAGCGCGACACUCGGAGAAGCUACCCGCAACUCAGCACCGUGCGCCAGGCCGAUGCCGUGGGCCUCCUCACUGUUGGCAGCCACGCUGCCCCCAAGGACGAAGUUCUGAAGCUCGGAGAGGCCGGUGAGCAGCAAUUGGUUGCCGUCAAGGAGCAGGGCGAGGAGCGUGGUCUGGCCGCUCUCUUCGAGCAAGACAAGAAGAGCAUCCAGGGUGUGUUGGGUGCCAAUGGCCUCCCUCCCAACCCUGCCAACAUCAACCCUGUUUCGCAGCCUUCACAGUCCAAGUAUGAACUUGGGACAGAGAACGGCUACCCCGAGAAAUACACCUGCCGCACUUUUGUUUGA